UUAUUAUCUAUUCAAGAUUUGGUUUAAUGCAUUUAUAAUUGUCAUUCAUUUAAUUUAAAGUAAAUUGUUUACUAUGCUUAAUAGUGUUUCUAUUGUGUAAACAAAUCAACAUAAGUUGGACAACAUAAAAUAAAAAAAUUUGACGGUCAACAUUCUAAUAGUUUGAAGGAUCAUGUAAAAAUCAUUAAUGCAUUGGAACUCUUAAACCAACAUCAGAAGAACGCGUGAAAUUUUGUCAAUCAAUUCAUCAAUUUGUCUCUUCUAAUGGCUUAUAUUGAUGGGGAUGGGGGUAACUCCCGCUUGGCUGUCGAACGUAUUUAUCAGAAAAAGACACCGCUUGAACAUGUCUUAUUGCGACCUGAUACUUACAUUGGCUCUGCUGAGCCUCAAGAACAAGAAAUGUGGGUUUAUGAUGGAGAAGAAACUGGAAUGGUUUAUCGAAAAAUCACUUUUGUUCCUGGUUUAUAUAAAAUAUUUGAUGAAAUCUUGGUUAACGCUGCUGAUAAUAAACAAAGAGACCCCGGCAUGGACAUAAUCAGAGUCGACAUUAAACCAGAAGAGAAUAAAAUAGUAAUCUAUAACAAUGGAAAAGGUAUACCAGUUGUGGAGCAUAAAGAUGAAAAAAUGUACGUUCCAACUAUGAUUUUUGGCCAUUUAUUAACUUCCUCUAAUUAUGACGAUAAUGAGCGAAAAGUGACUGGCGGUAGAAAUGGUUAUGGUGCUAAGCUUUGCAACAUUUUCAGUAAUAAGUUUGUAGUUGAAACAUCAAGCAAAGAAUAUAAACUGGCAUUUAAACAAACCUGGACAAAUAACAUGUCUAAACCAGUUGAUGCUAAAAUUGUGCCUGCUACUGGUGAUGAUUUUACGCGCGUAACAUUUUAUCCUGAUUUAUCAAAAUUUCGUAUGGAUCGACUCGAUGAAGACAUUGUUGCUCUUUUCUCUCGUCGUGUUUGGGAUAUAGCUGGAUCUUCGAAGGGAGUUAAAGUGUAUCUAAAUGGUAAAAGAUUGCCUGUUAAAAACUUCAAAGAUUAUGUAGAUUUAUACAUAAAGGAUAAAAUGGAUGAAAGUGGUAGUCCAUUAAAGAUGGCUUAUGAAGAUUGCCAUGAAAGAUGGCAAAUUGCUGUAACGCUCAGUGAUCGUGGUUUUCAACAGGUCAGUUUUGUUAAUAGCAUAGCUACAACAAAAGGAGGUCGACAUGUUGAUCAUGUUGUCGAUCAAAUAAUUCCAAAACUUACUGAAGCAAUCAAGAAAAAGAAUAAAGCCAAAGUCGAUGUUAAACCGCACAUGAUAAAAUCGCAUUUAUGGGUAUUUGUUAAUUGUCUCGUUGAAAAUCCAUCUUUCGAUUCUCAAACCAAGGAAAAUAUGACUCUUCAGAUGAAAAAAUUUGGUUCUAAAUGUUCACCGAGUGACAAAUUUUUCAACUCAGCUAUGAAAAUUGGAAUAGUUGAAGCCAUUUUGGUUGUAGCAAUGGCCAAAGCUGAGAAAGCAAAAGGUAGUCAGUGUUCAGCUAAAAAACAGUCGCGCUUACUUGGUAUACCCAAAUUGGAAGACGCUAAUGAUGCCGGUGGUCCUCGAUCAAUUGACUGUACUCUUAUUUUAACUGAAGGAGAUUCUGCAAAAAGUCUUGUCAACUCUGGUUUCAGUGUUAUUGGAAGAGAUAAAUAUGGUGUUUUCCCUUUGAAAGGUAAACUUCUCAAUGUUCGUGAAGCAAACCACAAACAAAUUCUUAACAAUGCCGAAAUUCAAAAUUUGAUAAAAAUUACUGGACUCGAUUAUCGUAAAAAAUACGAAUCAGAAGCGGAAUUGAAAACCCUGCGUUAUGGUAAACUGAUGAUUAUGACUGAUCAAGAUCAAGAUGGUUCUCAUAUUAAGGGUUUACUCAUCAACUUUAUCCACCAUAAUUGGCCUAAUUUAGUUAAAUUGCCAUACUUGGAAGAAUUUAUAACUCCCAUUGUACGAGCUCGAAAAGGAACUAUGGUCAAGUCCUUUUAUUCACUACCCGAGCUGGAAGAAUGGAAGAAAGAAACUCCAAAUUGGAAAACAUGGAAUGUAAAAUACUACAAGGGUUUGGGUACAUCAACUGGUAACGAAGCUAAAGAAUACUUUUCUGAUUUAGAAAGACAUCGUAUCUUGUUCAAGUAUCAAGGCCCUGAAGACGAUCAUUCGGUUUUAUUAGCAUUUAGUAAAAAGAUGGUUGAUCAAAGAAAAGAUUGGUUAACUAACAGCAUGGAAGAUAGGAAACGCCGUCGAGAAUUGGGUUUACCUGAAGUUUAUCUUUAUGGAAAAGAGACUAAAACUGUUACUUAUAAAGAUUUUGUCAACAAAGAGUUAGUACUUUUCAGUAACUUGGAUAAUGAACGAUCUAUUCCAUCCAUGAUGGAUGGCCUUAAACCAGGACAACGAAAAGUACUUUAUUCAUGCUUUUUCCGAAAUCUUAAAAAAGAAAUCAAAGUUGCUCAAUUGGCUGGUACAGUUGGUGAAGUUUCAUGUUAUCAUCAUGGUGAAGCUUCACUUAUGGCAACUAUUAUAAAUUUGGCUCAAAAUUUUGUUGGAAGCAACAAUAUUAACCUUCUCAUGCCCCUUGGUCAAUUUGGUACACGUUUACUUGGUGGUAAAGAUGCGGCCAGUCCUCGUUACAUUUUCACUAAGUUAAGUCCAUUAGCUCGUAAAAUAUUUCCCAUACUUGAUGAUCCUUUACUCAAUUAUCUAUAUGAUGAUAACAGUAAAGUUGAACCCGAAUAUUAUGUACCAGUUCUUCCAAUGGUUUUGGUGAACGGUGCUGAAGGUAUUGGUACAGGUUGGAGUACAAAAAUUCCCAAUUUCAAUCCUCGAGAUCUUAUCGAGAAUUUGAAGCGACUCAUUUCCGGGGACGAACUCAAACCAUUAAAACCUUGGUUUAAAGGUUUUCGUGGAUCAAUUGAUAAAGUUGAUCAUCAGAGGUAUGUUGUAAGUGGAGAAGUUUCAGCUCUUGAUGAUUGUAGGAUAGAAAUCACAGAGCUUCCUGUUCGUACAUGGACACAGAGUUACAAAGAGAAUGUUCUCGAGCCUAUGCUUCGAGGAACUGAUAAAACGCAACCAUUUAUAACUGAUUAUAAAGAAUAUCACACUGACGUGACGGUCAAGUUUGUCAUUUCAAUGACUCCUGAAAAUUUGGCUCGAGCAGAAGAACAAGGAAUUCACAAAGUAUUCAAACUUCAAACCACUUUUUCGACAACUUCAAUGGUUUUAUUUGACCACAAUGGGUGUAUAAGAAAAUAUGAAACACCAGAAGAUAUUUUGAAAGAGUUUUAUGAAGUCAGAUUGGAAUAUUAUCAAAAGAGAAAAGCUUAUUUAGAGGGAAUGUUGGAAGCAGAAGCGCUGAAAUUAAUGAAUCAAGCUCGUUUCAUUUUGGAGAAAAAUGAAGGUAGAUUGAAGCUGGAAAAUGUCAAGAAAAAAGAUUUAGUUCGUACAUUGAUUGAGAGAGGUUAUGAUACUGAUCCAGUAAAAGCUUGGAAAGCAAAAAACAAUUUAACCGAAGGUGAUUUUGACAAUGAUGAAGAUGAGCGUGUAACUGAUGAGCCCACUGGAGCUUUUGAUUAUGACUAUUUAUUGGACAUGACAAUGAGAUGCAUGUUGAAAGAGAAAGUCGAUGAACUAUUGAAACAACGAGACACCAAGAAGGCUGAACUGGACGAAUUGAGACAGAUAAGUCCAGAAACUUUAUGGCUCAGAGACUUGGAUGAUUUGCUCAUGGAAUUAGAAAAAGUAGAAGAUAAGGAAAAAGAAGACGCUGAGAAGGCGGUAAUGCUGAAAAGUCCACUUAAAAGUCAACAGACUAAAGGUAAAGGUCGAAAAGCUAAUCUUGUUUCUUCCGAUACAAAACCUUCUGAAAAUGCUAGAAAAAUACCACCAACUAUUGAUUACGAGUCUUACAAAAGGAAGGAUGCACUGAAUGAGAGUGCUAAAAAGAUAUUGAAGAAAACUAGAGGAAUAGAUGAAGGAAGAGAUGAUGAAGAUGAAGAAAAUAAAGAUUCUGACGAUGAUCUCGGCAUUGACUUGAACAAAUCUUUAGCAGAAAGAAUAGGAUUAACUCCUGAAAUGGUUGAAGCUAAAAGGAAACCCACAGCAACAAAAAGUGAUACUCCGAAAGUUGCUAAACCUCGAACACCCAAAGCAAGUAAAACAUCUGACUCUACACCGAAAAAGAAAUCUGUCAAUGGUUCAAAGACUAAAAAGAAAGGAUCUGCUUCCAAAGGUAAAACUAAAAACCCUUGGUCAUCUGGUUCUGAAGAUGAAGAUGAAACUGACUCACCACCUGAUAAUGAUUUUUCUGAUGAUGAUUACGAAUCUUUUACAACACCAGUGAAAAAACCUAAAGUUUCAAGAAGAUCCAGUCCGCCACCUUAUCAUGAACCCGCAGACUCUCCUCCACCUCCUUUAGAAAAGAGUGCAGAAGAUCGGACUGGUGCACCUUAUUCAUGGGAAAAAGAAUCAAUUCAGGAAGCUAAAUCAAAAGUUAGAUUCAAUUCUGGUAGCAGUGUUGAUUCUCUUUCCUUGAAACCAGCGAAAACAUCUCAAAAUGUGACAAGUGAGCAAUUGUUUGAUAAUGUUUUUGGCUCAAAGCCGUCCAAUAGCAGCAAUUUAAGUACUUCAAAUAAACCAUCAUCUCCAUAUUCAGUCAGCCCACCUUCACCGUCAUCACCUGAACCAAUACUUCAAUCAUCUUCACAACGAUCAUAUUCACCAGACAUAUCCACAAAUGGAAAAAAUCAUGAAACAGUAGACAUAAGUUCGCCCCAACCUCAUCUUUCUACUUCUAAAAGUGUCAAUGGUUCUUCGAAAGAGCCCAAAAAAACUAAAGUAAAAGCAACUCCAGCUAAGCGCAAAAAGAAAGACCCUGUCUCAGAUGAUUCCGAUUUCGAAGUUUCCUCUAAAAAAAGUAAAAAACCAAGCGCUAAAAAACCUGCUAGGAAGCCGAAAAAGAUCGAAUCAUCCGAUUCUGAGGCAUCAAUUAUUGAAACCAAUGAACCUCCUGAAGAACCCGAAAUUUGCAUUUCUAAUUUUAUGUCAUCCACAAGGAUGGGUCGAUCUAAAAAACCAAUUAGAUAUGAUGUUGAUCUCUCAACUGAUGAGGACGACUACUAGUAAAUAGUGUUCAGCAAAUAUGAGACAGCUAAUAAUAAUACCAAAUGACGAUGAGUCUCAUAAUUUAUUCACAUUGGCAAUCAACAAUGUAAAUUCAUUCAGUAUGAUUUUAUUUAUUAAUGGAACUCGCAUUUAAAAAUUUCCAUGAUUCAGUAUAAGAAGGCAUUUAAAAGUUCAGCAUUUAAAAGUUCAUACCAUUAUCAAUUAUCAAAAAUCAUCUCAUCAUUGUAUAUCCUAUUCCAAUAUCAGCUUAUUUAACUUUUUUUAUAAUAAAUUAAAUAAAAUUGACGAUGAAAAUUUUCUUAAUUAUCUUUGAAUGCAUAAAAUUGAACAGGUUGCAGUGUUAAUGGUCGUAGAGUAAGCGUUAAUAAUGUCGGAGUAAUAAUCAGUAAUGUUGGCAAUCCUGGUUGUUCACAGUUCUGGUUGUUGUGAAAGUGGCGUGUAAAACGAUAU